CCGGUUCCCUGAGAGCUGAAGCCCAUGAUGAAGGCCCAAAGUGUUCUCUGGAUCCUGCUCGGAUCGCUGCUAUGUCCGGAGCCCGGAACAGCGUCCUUGCCCCUGGUCAUGGACUCCGUCAUCCAGGCUCUGGCCAGUCUUGAGAAGGUGCUGGUGGCCGAGGACAAGGGGACAGCUUCUGCAUGGAUCCUGUCAGCCCAGGAUUCCAGCCCCCGCAACCCUCUCCACCACUACUUCCUGUUCAGGUCAGCAAGCCACAUGGCUGCCAAGCCAGAGCCGCAGCCACUGAGCCCAGAACUUCAGGAGUUCGUUUCCGAGGUCGCCCACCACGACGUGAGAGGAGGUCAGGAGCACGGAGUGGUGCUGGCCCCCGACGGCUCCACCGUGGCCGUGACCCCUCUGUUGGCGGGGCUGGAGGCCGGGCUGCAGGGUCACAGGAUUGCCAACCAGCACUCGGACAUCCUGGCCGCUCUCAGUAUCGCUGCACACACCUUGCUAGGUGUUGGAGCCACCAGCCUGCCGGGCCCCAGGGAUGCCUCUCCAGAGGGCACACCUGCAGUUGUUGAAGCCACUUCACCAGAUGGCCAAGCCAAGGCCCCCACGACUGUGGAUAGCCUCCUGGCUGUCACCCUCGCUGGAGACCUGGGUCUGACCUUCCUCCAGAGCCCUAAGUCUCGGAGUCCUCCGGGCCUGGGGUCUGAGGGCUGCUGGGACCAGCUCGCUGCCCCUCGGGCUUUUAAACUGUUGGACUCCAAUGCAUCCAGGCUUACCGUCGCCUUCCUCAAUGGUGCUCUGGACGGGGCAAUCCUUGGGGACCACCUGAGCCGGCUCCCUGAGCCCCGACCUUCUCUCAGCCACCUGCUGAGCCAGUACUAUGGAGCCGGGGUGGCUGGGAACCCAGAAUUCCGCAGCAACUUCCGAAGGCGGAUCGGAGCUGCUCUGAUCUCAGAGCCCAUGCUGGCCCAGCAGGUUUGGGGGACGCUCAUUCUGCUGCAGAGGCUGCAGCCGGGUCACCCCCAGCUGAAGAGCAUGAGCCAGGAACAGUUGGCCCAGGUGGCCACGUACGCCGCGAAGGAGUUCACUGAGGCCUUCCUGGGCUGCCCAGCCAUCCACCCUCGCUGCCGCUGGGGUGCAAAGCCAUACCGGGGCCAGCCAACGCCGCUGCAGCUCCCGCUGGGGUCCCUAUUUGUACAUCACACCUACGAGCCCGCGCUGCCCUGCACCACCUUGGCGCGCUGCUCUGCGGACAUGCGCUCCAUGCAGCGGUUCCACCAGGACACGCGUGGCUGGGCUGACAUCGGAUACAGUUUCGUCGUGGGCUCCGAUGGCUACCUGUACGAGGGCCGUGGCUGGCACCGGCUGGGCGCGCACACGCGCGGCCACAACUCCCGGGGCUUUGGCGUGGCCAUCGUGGGCAACUACAUGGAGACACUGCCGGACGAGGCGGCGCUGAGCACAGUUCGCGACGUGCUUCCCCGCUGCGCGGUGCGCGCGGGCCUCCUGCGUGCAGACUACCGCCUGCAGGGCCACCGGCAGCUGGUGCACACCACCUGUCCUGGUGAUGCCCUGUUUGGCCUGCUGCGCACAUGGCCUCACUUUGCCCAGACCGGAAACUGACAACCUCCAGAAGACCUCUACUCCCAGGAUCCAGGAUCCAGGAGGAUACCACCCCUUAGCCCCUGUGAGCACCCACAGACCUCCAAUAAAGGGAAGGAGAGUAUGUUCAAGAAGGUGCCAGGGGCUGGAGAGAUGGCUUAGCGGUUAA